CUCCAAUUCCCGAACUUUUACAUUUCAUCAUCCAGCAUCUCAGAGACAAACAGCCUUGAUUCACAUCUCCAAGUUCGCAUACACUUCCCUCUCCUCUGCAUCAGCGAAUGGGCUAGGAUAGAUCACACCUUGCCCAUCAGGACAUGCUGACUUCAUCAUGCUGAGAAGAGCUGCUUUUCCUCUGGUGAAGCCGCAGCACUUUCGACCAACAGUUCUGCGGACGCUGCCACCUUUCCGCACUUAUUCGAAACAACCUCCCCCAGACAAGCCCUUUCGGGUACCCAAAUCCGAAGGCGAAACCUCUCAUUCAUCGGAGAAGAAGCCUUUGCGCAAAGUUCCUUUCUCCCCCAUAACACCACCUCCCAAGUCGGAAUCUCCACCUGAGGCUGAUCCAGCAUUUGGAGUGAAUGCCGAUAAGGACAUCGAGAAUGUUCUAAAGACAGUGAACCAGGCGAGCAAUCGUCCCGCAACCGAGCAACGGAGGGUCAACAGCGAUGACUCCAGCAACGAGGCUCAUCAGCAGCGCGAGACCGCUCAACCAGACCAAGCCCCUCAAGAGCCCCAGGAGCCGCAGACACCUCUACCAGAUCUCACCCGGGGCAUCCCCUCUACAUUGGAUGCGGAGCUCAGACAAGCAAGAGCGAAGCAGACCCCUUCAUCAAGCUCGGGUUUGAACAUCACCGAAGACCCAUCGGAGGAACCGACUGGCGCCUCGAGUUCCGGUCGCGGCGGCAGCGAUAUUCCCCGAACCGAAUACGUCUCCAGCAGUGAUCGCAAGAAGGAUGCAACAUUCAAAUACAUGUAUGCUUUCCUCGGAAUCGGUGGUAUCCUCUACUCGGUCUACCUGGGCCGCAAUUGGGACAGCGAAGAGGAGGAGCAGGCGCAUCCUGAUGUACCUUCCGGUUGGGGCUUUGGAUUAUUUUAUAACCGGAUCAAGGCCAGACUCGGAUCUACCAUGAGUUAUUACCGGGAUCCUGUCACCACCAAACUCCUUCCUGAUGAGGACGCGGAUCCGAACUUGCGCUUCCCAUUUGUCCUGGUGCUCAGCCUCGAGGACAUGCUGGUACAUUCGGAAUGGACCAGAGACAAAGGUUGGAGGGUAGCCAAAAGACCUGGGCUGGACUAUUUCUUGCGGUACCUCAGUGCUUACUAUGAGAUUGCUCUCUUCACUAGCCAGCCAAUGGCAAUGACGGAGCAGAUCCUGCGAAAACUUGAUCCAUAUGGAGUGAUCCGGUGGCCUCUAUUCCGAGAAGCCACGCUUUACAAAGACGGGGGCUAUAUCAAGGAUCUCUCAUACCUGAACCGUGACCUCAAGAAGGUGCUCAUCAUCGACACGGAUCCACACCAUGUGAAGCAUCAACCAGAAAAUGCCAUUAUUCUUCCAAAGUGGAAGGGUGACCCAUCAGACCAGACAUUGGUUCAAUUCAUCCCUUUCUUGGAAUACUUGGCAACUAUGGGCUUUGAAGAUGUGCGAGAGGUGCUCAAGUCAUUCGAAGGCACCUAUAUCCCUGCUGAAUUUGCCCGACGGGAGAAACUCAUGCGGGAAAAGUUUGAGGCACAACAACGCGAGAAGAGGAAAACAGGGUCUAAGAAGAGCUUGGGGGGCCUCGCGUCAUACCUAGGGCUUAGUAGCCAACAACAACAUCCGGAUGCGCUCAACACGGGCGCUAUGGGAGAUGGAAUGAUGAUCUGGGACCAGAUCCGAGAACGAGGACAAAAGCAAUAUGCCGAGUUUGAUCGUCGGAUCAGAGAAGAGGGAAAACAGUGGCUGGAGGAGCGUGAGGCCGAAGAAAAGCGGUUUCAAGAGGAACAAAUGAAGAGUGCCAUGGGAGGUUGGUUUGGGUUCCUUGGGAAAUCUGACCAGGCAGGCGAAGAAAAGAAGUCGUAGUUGUUGCGGCGGGUCCGGAAAGUGUACAAAAGGAUAUGUAGUUGGUUGGAUGUUGCGAAUACUCUGGAGAGCACAUAUUAAUCUCCCAUCAUGUACCUCCGUCAUUGGACUUGAAAUGUGAUGGAACAGAACGACGCUGGUGAUGGUGAUUGUAGAAUUGGAGUGUGACGACAUGUCACUGAGCUGAGCCUUUGGCAGCCAUUCUAGGUAAGACUGGAUAAGACUGGGGGAGCCUAAGGCACCUCGGCCUGCAAGUUAAGGCGCUGUUGGAGCCUAUCCCAUAUUGGGAGCAUAGAGUGUUCUAAGAAAAGAUAUGGCAGUGUCCUCGGUACAGGGGGCAUUAGGGUCCCCAGGGACUUUUAAUCGAG